ACUAAAAAAAAAAAAAAAUAAAAACCCUUUCCCUUUCUUCAGAUCUUAUCUUUCCCUUCAGGUUUCUCUCUCCUCUCUCUUCCUUCUCUUUCCUCCCUCCCUCCAAUCUCUCUCUCCAGAAGGGCAAAAAUUCCCUUAAAGAGCCGUUUGUUAACCCAAUCUCAUAUAUCUUAGAAAAUGGAUGACGAUGGGUUUCGCAAUUGGGGUUACUACGAACCAGCAGCUGCUACGUUCAAAGGUAACCUCGGUUUGCAGCUAAUGUCAAGCGCUGACCGGAACACUAAACCGUUUCUACCCGGUCGAGAUCCGAAUCUAAUGAUUGGCCAAAACGGGUCAUACCACCACCCUGAGCCUCCCAUCCACAUGAGCUACAACUGGAUUAACCAACAGAAGGACAAGUUCUUCAACAUGUUACCUGUAACAGCAACUCCUAAUUACGGAAAUGCCCUCCCCGAAACUUCAUCAGCCCCGUCCAUGCAUCAUCAUCAAACCGAGGAUGACCCGGUUAAGUGCGAAGAAGAGGAAGAGAUUGUUCAGCCUAACAAGAAGAGAAAGCCUAACUCAAAAGCAGGCACGGCGACAACAAAGGGGAAGAAGCCUCGUAAACCAAAAGAGGAGAACGACAGCAAGACUAACGUUUCGCGAGUCAAACCGGCUAAGAAAAGCGUUGACUUGGUUAUCAACGGAGUGAACAUGGACAUUUCCGGUUUACCUGUACCGGUCUGCACUUGCACCGGAGCUCCUCAGCAAUGCUACCGUUGGGGAUGUGGCGGUUGGCAGUCUGCGUGUUGCACCACGAACAUAUCGAUGCAUCCGUUGCCUAUGAGUACCAAACGCCGCGGAGCGAGGAUCUCGGGGAGGAAGAUGAGUCAAGGAGCGUUUAAGAAGGUUCUUGAGAAACUUUCUUCUGAUGGGUUUAACUUUGGGAACCCCAUUGAUCUUAAGAGCCAUUGGGCUAGACAUGGGACUAACAAGUUCGUCACCAUCAGAUGAUUAGUUUCAGGUAACCUCAGAGUUCUUUUAUCAUACGUUUGCUUUUUAUGUUCUGUUUGUUUGUUUGUAUGUCUGAGGAAGAAAAUCUGCAGGGAAGUUUGAAUUUUUUUUUACUUUUGUAUUUUUUUUUCUCUUUCCUUUGUUAUUUUUAUAAACAUUUUACUGACUUGUAAGUUGUAACAGAUAUUCUUUUUAAUUAAAUGUUUUUAUUUCUUACAA